AUGCCUCUCUAUCAGUCAAACCUAAUCGGGAGAUCGGGAAUUGCUGGUGCAAGCUUCAUUGGAUUACGUUUCAAGUCUGAUGUACCUUUAACCAACGUCGCCCAAGAAGCCAGUGCCAAAGUUUCAGAGAUUCAAACACAACUACCAUCUUUUGAUGAAAGCACUGUGGAGGCAGCAUCACAAGUAGGUCAGAUGGUAAGUGAUGCUUCUAACCAAAUUGGAUACUUGAGUAGUAUCGGUAUGGCUAAGUCUUGGCUAUGGCCUCCAGACUUAAUCCAAAACGUUAUGGAGUAUAUUCACGUGUACGCUGGUCUACCAUGGUGGGGUACCAUAUGCGUUACUACAGUAUUGGCGAGAGUGGUACUAUUCCCAUUAUAUGUCAAAUAUUCGGAUACGUUAGGGAGAACCUCUAAGAUAAAACCUGAAAUGGACAAGGUUAAUGCUGAUUUGAUGGCAUGUUCUGAUACAACAAAAGCUCAACAGAUUGCUUUGAGAAGAAGAAAGCUCUUAAGUGAAAAUGGUAUUAAAAAUCGUUAUUUGAUUGUUCCAAUUGUUCAAAUUCCUAUUGCAAUCUCAUUCUUUACCUCAAUUAGACAGAUGUGUUUGUACCCUGUAGAAGGAUUCUCUACCCAAGGUACCGCUUGGUUCCAAGAUUUGACUUUAGCCGAUCCAUAUUUAGGACUACAAUGUUUAACGGCUGCAAUGUUCGUGGCCUUGGCAAGAAAAGGUGGUGAAUCUGGUGCCCAACAAUUCUCUCCUCAAAUGAAAAAAGUUUUCACCUACUUACCUAUCCUUUCUAUCCCAGUUACAAUGAACCUAUCCGCUGGUGUUGUACUAUAUCUUGCCGUAAAUGGUGUUUGUUCCAUGACUCAAACUCUACUGUUAAGAAACAAGGCAGUCAGAAAGUUUUUGAAUAUCGCUGAAGUUGUUAACCAUCCAACCCCUCCUGGUCAAGGUCCACCAAAGGGUGUUUUCGAAAGUUUUAGAGAGUCUGUUCAAAAGGCAAGAGACCAAGCUGAAAAGAGAGCAUUGAUGAAAGAAGAAGAGGAUAAGAAAAAGGAACUUGCCAAGAAGGAAAAACAAAAUCAAAGAAUCAAGAUUGUUCGUAGAAAGUAA